UGUGGUCCACUACAGUCGCUCUCUUUGUUUCUUUCCCCCUUGUCUCUCUCUCCCUUCGCUCAUAAAAUUCCGGAAGCCGGCUCUGGAUGCUAACUGCGUGGGAAUAAAUCUCGCCUUGCAGGGCGGCGUUUUGAUGAGGAAGAACUGAGAGGAGCGAAACAAUGCGCAUCGUCCGCGACGAUCGCGUGGGAAUCGAUCGAGCUCUUUUGCUCCAAAGACCGGUUUGCGAGCUUCCUCCAUCCACAGCGUUCUUUGAUGUGUGUUCUUUGGAAGAACACAGCGAGCCGGUAAAGUCCUCGUGUAAAGUCGGCAUGGAUGAGUCUUUAGGAGAAGGCUUUCAGGAAGCUCCAGCCACACAGGUACUCGAGAAGCAUUCUAGGAUCUGGUUCAAAGCUUCCACUGGAAACUGGGAGAUUGGCAGUGUCCAGUCGAUCUUACAGGAUGGAUCUUUGAUCUGUAGCUCCAACGAUGACGAGGUUCUCGAACUUGCAGUGAAGGAUAUCCAUCCUGCAAAUCCCGAUAUCCUUGAAGGCGUCGAUGAUCUGACCAAGCUGAGCUAUCUGAACGAGCCCUCUGUUCUACACGACUUGAAAACUCGUUUUGAGAAGGACAAUAUUUAUACAAAUGCUGGGCCGGUGCUCAUUGCUCUCAAUCCGUUCAAGAAAAUCCCACUCUACAGUGCCGAGCGUGUUCAAAUGUAUCGUGAUAAGGUGUCUAAGAACUUCGAUCCACAUGUUUUUGCAAUUACAGACAGCGCAUGCACGGCCUUGUUUAGAGAUGGAAUCAACCAGUCUGUUGUUAUAAGUGGCGAGAGUGGUGCUGGAAAGACGGAAACAGCAAAAAUAGCUAUGCAGUACAUCGCUACAUUUGGUGGAGGACGUGGCGUAGAGGAUGAAAUCCUUGAAAGUAACCCGUUACUUGAAGCUUUUGGGAAUGCAAAGACGCUAAGGAAUGACAACUCCAGCCGAUUUGGAAAAUUGAUUGACAUCUAUUUUGAUGACUCUGGGACAAUAUCUGGGGCAAAGAUUCAAACUUAUUUAUUGGAAAAGUCAAGAGUCGUUUAUCAAUCUUAUGGAGAGCGUUCUUAUCAUGUCUUUUACCAGCUUUGUGCUGGAGCCGACCGUGCAUUACGGCAGAAAAUCAACUUGAAGCUCGCAUCUGACUAUCAGUACUUGAGUCGAAACGGGUGCUUGACUAUUGAUGCCGUGGAUGAUGCAGCACAGUUUAGGGCGAUGUUGAAUGCAAUGGAUCGCGUGAGAAUUCCCAAAAACGACCAGCAGCGACUCUUUGAGAUGCUUGCAGCGGUUCUUUGGCUGGGGAACAUCUCGUUCCACACGGCUGAGAGCGAAAACUAUUCGACAAUGGCUGUUGACGAAGCUGCAAGGUCUGUCGCGUCGCUACUAGGAUGCCAGAUAGAUGUGCUUCAUACGGCGCUGUGCACCCGUAAAAUUAAUGCUAGAGGCGAGGUCAUAAUCCAACAACUGACUGAGGCCCAGGCCAUCGACUCAAGAGAUGCGUUGGCAAAAGCCAUAUAUUCCUGUUUAUUUGAGUGGCUGGUUGAAAAGAUAAACAACUCUCUGGACGCCGGAAAAGCUUGCGAGUCGAAGUUUAUCAGCAUUCUCGACAUCUAUGGGUUUGAGUCUUUUGAGAACAACAGUUUCGAGCAGCUGUGCAUAAACUAUGCAAAUGAGAGGCUUCAACAGUUUUUCAAUCACCACCUCUUCAAAAUUGAGCAGGACGAAUACAGUUCUGAAGGAAUUGAUUGGACGAAGAUCGAGUUUGUGGACAACCAAGAGUGUUUGGACCUUAUUGAAAAGAAACCAGUGGGCCUAAUCACUUUGCUAGAUGAGGAGUGCAGCUUUCCUAAAGCAACAGAAGCUAGCUUAGCUUUGAAACUUAGCGAACAUUUGAAAGGAAAUAGCUGUUUCAAAGCCGAGCGCUCUCCUGGCUUUACGAUCAAUCACUAUGCAGGAGAAGUAACUUACGGGACAUCCGGAUUCCUCGAGAAAAAUAGAGACCUUCUCCAUGUUGAUCUUCUGGAACUGCUUGGCUCUUGCGAGCAUGAUCUGGCAAAAGAGUUUGCGGCUAAGCUUGGGGGUACAGGAAGACUCAACGGCGUUGAUUUACAAAGGCGGAGUGUGUCCACCAAGUUCAAGAAUCAGCUGCUUAAUUUGAUGGAAAGGCUGGAAACCACAAGCCCGCAUUUUAUACGAUGUGUCAAACCAAAUAACAGGCAGCUCCGGAACGUUUUCGACUUUGAUCUCGUACUGCAGCAGUUGCAUUGCUGUGGCGUGUUAGAGGUCGUUCGGAUCGCGCGAUCUGGAUACCCAACGCGCUACUCCUACGAGCAUUUUGCACAGAGAUAUGGAUUUCUACUUGGGCAAACCAAGUCUCGGCAUAAUGACUAUCGCAAUGAUUCCCUUCUAGUUCUUCAAAAAAAUUCAAUUCUACCUGGUGCCUUUCAAGCCGGCUUAAGUAAAUUGUUUUUCCGUCCAGGCCAGAUAGGAAUUCUGGAGCACCUGCGUACAGGCACAUUGAACGCAGUGGUUUAUACUCAAUCCCGUUUCAGAGGAAGGAGAGAUCGCAUUGAAUAUCUCCACUUGCGGAGGACCACAAUCUGCUUACAAUCAUUGAUGAGGAGGCGGCAAGCACAGGUUUAUUACGAGCACCUCAAGCUAGUUCACGUGUCGGCCAUCAAGCUCCAGAAGGUUUCAAGGGGCAUGCUGGCAAGAAAGCACUACAACAAUCUACUCAAGAGAUGGUCCGCUAGCAUCAUCAUACAGAAACACGCUAGAGGCAUCAUAUCAAGACGUGGAUACCACCAGCAAAAACUUAUCCAUCAGGCAGCUGUCACAAUCCAGAAGUUUUACAAGGCUUUCGUUCAUGCGCGACGCUGGUCCAGAAUCUGGCAGCAGAGACUCUUCGCAACGAUCACAUUACAAAAGUAUUUUCGGAGCAUACGGGCUCGGAUGGCCUACAUGAAAGCUCGAGCUAGAUUGAUCCUGGUUCAAGCACUGGUGAGAGGAUGGCUAUGCCGGAAUGAACGAAAACACCAUACGGAGCCGUCUGAGGAAGACAGUGAGUACGUGAAUAUCUCAGCAGUGGACUUGGAUAUGGAUGUCGACUGCAAGGUAAUGCGAGAGACGGUGUUUGAGACUCCGGAAAAAGAUGGCGCCACCAAAGUUGUGCCAGAAAAGACCGUCUUUGAGAUGCAAAAGAGGCUUCUCGAGAUGGAAAGGAACCUGUGCGAGAAGGAAGACGAGAAUGCCGAGCUGGUGAUGAAGCUGAGGCUGUACGAAACGCGCUGGAGCGAGUACGAGGACAAGAUGAACAGGAUGGAGGGCCUGUGGCAAAACCAGAUGGCCUCCUUGCAGCAGAGCUUGGAAGCGGCCAAGACGAGCCUGGCUACCACCGUACUCGACGCGAAGCAAAACGAUCUCUUUGAGGUGCAAAGCAAUGCGUCCAGGCAGCGAGCUGCAAGGCCGAUCCUUCCGCAGAGCGAAAACGAUUCGGAUUUUGAUUGGGACGAGAGGACGAGUUUCGGGACCAGGACUCCCGAGUCCACCACCACAUCGAUCAACAGAGAGGGACAAGCCGUUGUGGAGCACUUGGUGAGAGAAUUCGAGCACCGGUCACAGGUAUUCAGCGAUGACAUCGAGUUCAUAGUGGAGGUGAAAUCUGGACAGUGCGACGCGGAGCUGGAUCCCGACAUGGAGCUCAAGAAGCUCAAGCAGAGAUUCGACGUAUGGAAGAAGGAUUUCAAGGUGCAAGUGAGGGAGACGAAGAUGGUGUUGCAGAGAUUGGAGGCCUCGUCGGAGCGGAGUCGAAAGAAAUGGUGGGGAAGCAAGCCAUAACUCAUCCACUGAGAGAGACUUCACAGUUUUCCAGAGCUGAAGGUCUGUUUUUCUCCUCUUUCUUUCUUCGUCUUUGCUCGUUAAAGAGCAGCCUAGAUUGCAAAGCAAAGUUUCUCGUGGAAAGAGCAAAAAGGAAGAGCUCGUUUUUGACCCA